AAAUUGAAUUAGGGUGUGUCUAUUGUGUACCGCGGAACAAUGAGAGGACUCAAUUAGACACUCCGCUCAGGUUUCUUCCCGUCUUCUGCGCGUCUCCGAAUCUCUGAUCCGCCGCGUCUCCGGCCAAGAUGUGCUACGUGAUCAUCACCGGCCGGAGUCUGCUCUGGUUCCUCCUGAGCCUCGUGGCGGCGAUGCUCACCGUUUCCGCCGUCGUGUCGCCCAAGUGGCUCAUCGGCCCGGAAGUGUUCGUGGUGAAGAACAACUUCACGGCCCAGGAGCGCCGCCCUUCGCUCGGCAUCUACACGAGAUGCACUAUGAUGGUGGACGGACACUUCCACUGCGGCCCUUUUGACUUCGACGGCCUUUUCACGGACUCCUCCGUGUACCCCACCGAGUUCAAGGCCUGCAUGUUCUUCAUCUCGCUGGGACUCUUCGUGCUGUCGGUCACUGUCUGCCUCACGCUCGUCACGUGCUGCCGGCAGUCGCUGCUGGGCAAGAGCAUCCACACCAUCACCGGCUCGGCGCAGGCUUUCGCCGGCAUCUCCAUCAUGGUCGCUCUCUUCCUGCACCCGCUCGGCUGGGGCGCCGCGCGCGUGCUGCGCCUCUGCGGCGACUCCGAGGCCUUCUACCCAGGCGACUGCGCCAUCGGCUGGGCGCUGUACUGCGCCGUGGUCGGCAUGAGCCUCGCCUUCCUCUGCGCCCUGAUCAGCCUCAAGGCCGAAUCCGCCAACAUGAGCGCCUCCGUGAAGCGGCGCGUCGAGGCGGGCGAGCGCCUCGUGCUCUUCCUCUAGCCGCU